CUUUCUCAUCAGAUCCGCUCAUGUUGGCCCAGCGAGAUCACCGGUCUCAAAACGGCACUUGCAUUUUCCUUUAUAAUUUGUAUAAUUUCAUGGGUGAUGGUCAAGCGAUCACGCAAUGGUGCUCCUCCUUUGCCGCCGGGCCCACGAGGCCUGCCGUUGAUCGGCAGCCUCCCAUUCGUCGAACCCGAUCUACACCGUUACUUCGCCAAAUUAGCCAUGAUCUAUGGCCCAGUCAUGAAGAUACAACUAGGUAGCAAGCUCUGUGUAGUAUUAAGCUCGCCUAAAGUAGCUAAACAGGUCCUUAAGGACCACGACGCCAUCUUCGCCAACCGCGACGUCUCUGCUGCAGCCAUAGCCCUAACAUACGGUGGGAUUGACAUAGGGUUCAGUCCCUACGGCUCAGAUUGGCGGAUGAUGCGCAAGGUGUGCUCUCAAGAGAUGAUGAACUCCACGGUUCUGGACUCGUACUAUGCCCUGCGUAGACGCGAGGUGCACCAGACGGUGCACUACGUGCGGACCCAAGCUGGCAAACCGGUGAAUAUAAGCGAUGUAGCGUUUGGAGCAUCGCUCAAUGUGGUGACGAGCAUGAUAUGGGGUGAUACGCUCGAUGCUGAGGAUAGACGGAGUGUGGGCCAUGAGUUUCGACGUGUGGCCUGUGAGGCCAUGGAUUUAUUGGGUAAGUCUAACGUCUCGGAUCUUUUUCCUAUCAUAUCAAGGUUUGAUGUACAAGGUGUGGUGGGCCACAUGAAGAGGGUUUCAUCGUGGUUGGAUCGGAUCUUUGAUUCGGUCAUAGAUCAACGAAUGAAAAUGGAUCGAGAGGAGGGAGAGGGGAAAAGCAAAGAUUUUUUGCAGUUGGUUUUGCGGCUUCAGAAGGAAGGGGGCACGAAAACGCCUAUGACUAUGAACCACAUCAAGGCUAUGUUUGUGGACUUGGUGGUAGGUGGCACGGACACCACAUCAACUACAAUAGAGUGGGCCAUGGCUGAGAUGAUGCAGAAUCCAGAAAUAAUGAGAAAAGCCCAACAGGAAUUAGAACAAGUGGUAGGGAUGGACGACAUGGUAGAAGAGUCACAUGUGCCAAAGCUCCGCUAUUUGGACGCAGUCAUUAAGGAAACCCUACGUUUACACCCGCCGGUCGUGUUCUUGGUUCCAAGGUCCCCAAGCCAACAAUGCACUAUAGGAGGUUAUACGGUCCCAAAGGGUGCCCGGGUCUUUAUUAACACAUGGGCCAUACAUAGGAACCCUGAGGCUUGGGAUAACCCUUUGGAGUUUUGUCCUGAGAGAUUCUAUAAAUCUACAAGCAAAUGGGAUUACAAUGGCAAUGAUGUUCGUUUCAUUCCGUUUGGGUCAGGAAGGAGAAUAUGUGCAGGAAUUCCUAUGGCAGAGCGAAUGCUAACUCAUGUUUUAGCUUCGCUCUUGCAUUCGUUCGACUGGCGAUUGGCAGAGGGGACGAAGCUCGAUCUUUCAGACAAGUUUGGACUCAUUUUGAAGAAAGAGAUACCAUUCGUCGCCAUCCCAACGCCGAGAUUGUCAAAUCUUGAGCUUUACUCUUGA